AUGUCUGUAUUGGAAGGGAGAACAGCAAAUAUUCAGGCAAGUGGGGGAGAAAUGAACACAUCAAAUUCUAUCAAGACACGUAAUGGGCAGCGACCCGAAGGCCCAAGCAACAAUGGAACAGGUUUGGGACGGGAAGGUGUGACGGUUAUCGACAGCUCUAAGCAAAUGGAAAUUGCUUUGGUGAUAUUGUCUCUCGCCAAUCCGUAUACUGGCGCUGGCCGGGAGUACCUUGCCAGUCAACUUGUGGAUUCUGCUGUGGCAAUUUCAGACAUUUACUUCGCACCUGGACGAACUAUUGCGAUAUCACUGCCCAACAAAACAUUUUUAGAAACUGACACCAAUAUCAAUGCAUCAAGGCAAAUGCGAAAUCUUGGACGGUCAAGUGAUGAAAACAUGGUAGAAAUUAUCCACGACCUAACAGAACGCCUUCACAUCUUAAGUCGCUGGCCUAUUGUAGUGAUUUGUCCCACAGAAGAAGUCACGAAACGGGACCCUACAGACUGGGAUACAACGAAUGAAGACGUUCACGGCAGCUAUAUUCUGGUUAAUAUGUAUCAUAAAGAUCUGCAAGAUCAGGUGGUAAUCAGUUUGAGGGAGCAGAUACAGAAACUAGAAACAUUUCCUGCCUGGAACUCACGAGCAAAAUUUGUCAUAUUGUUGUUAACAGAGGAGGCAGUUGAUGCCAGGGACGUGGCAAAAUAUGUUCUGCAGGAGCUGUGGAAGUGGAAGGUAAUGAAUGCAGUACUGUUACUUCCAACUUCAACUAACAAGAGUAACGUGUCCCAUGUGCUUAUGUAUACAUGGUUCCCUUAUCAACUUCCCUCAGGUUUAUGUGGGGAAUUGAGAGACGUCAUCCACGUCAAUUCUUGGAUCUUAGACAAAGACGGAGGACGAUUUCUACAAAAUUCGUCUCUAUAUCCCGAGAAAGUUCCAGUUGAUCUCAAGGGAUGUCCAAUUAGAGCUUCAACUUUCGAAUUUCAUCCCUUUAUCAUAUGUGAUAAGCAUAUAGCCACAGUGACCAACUCAUCUAUCAUUGACGGCUUGGAAAUACGAAUCAUGAGAAGUGUAGCUGAGGGAAUGAACAUGAGCCUAAUACUAAGAAUACCACCCGGGGAUGACAGAGGAGGAAUACAGCUAGAAAAUGGUAUCUGGACAGGACUAAGGGCUGACAUAAUCUAUGGUAAAGCAGACAUCGUAUUCGCCAGCCUUCUGAGGAAACUUGAGGAUCACCUUAUAUUUGACGACACAAUAAAUUAUUUCACUGACAGAUUUACGUGGUUUGUAGCACGUGCAAAGCCGUAUCCUCGCUGGCUAGCUAUGGCCAGAGUCUUUGAUCCAAUGACAUGGUUAGUCGGUUUCCUGGUCAUCAUACUGUCGAGUAUUUUCAUGAGAAUUCUAUAUUCUUUCCACACAGUUAAGCAUAAGGAAGUGUCGCAUGAUUACUGGAGAUUUGCUGUUUGUCUGUCCAGUAUAUGGGCCGUGUUCUUGGGCGAGGGCGUGCCAAUAAUGCCUUGUAGUCUCCCUCUCCGAAUGUUCUUCCUGUCCAUGAUAAUCUACUCUCUUGCAGUCAACACAAUAUUCCAGACAUUCUUCACGAGCUACGUAGUGAAUCCUGGGCUCCUACACCAAAUAAGUAAUGUGGACGAGCUUGUUGACUCUGACCUAAUCUAUGCUUUUUAUUACGUACUAGAUAAAUUUUUCACUGCAGAUUUCUUACAGAAGUUGAAACCAAGAGUCCAGUGUGAACCAUUCAAGUGCCUGGAUUAUGUUGCCACUCAAGACAACUAUGCGACAUUCUGUGGCAGGGCCUUACUGGCGUAUAUUGUUGACGAACUGGUGAAACAAGAGGGUAAGCAUGAAAUUUAUGCAUUUCGAGAAGAUUCCUUCCAGUUAAAUUCUGUUAUGCUGAUGCCAAAAGGAAGUCACCUUUUCGAUCGAGUUAAUAUGGUAAUGACUCACAUUGUUGAGGCAGGUUUACCAAAUCAGUUUCUGAAAACCAUAUUAGAUUCUAGGCGAAUUGAAGCUGGAAUAUUAGCUCUAGAGGAUUUGAGUGGUGAAUAUUCUGCUCUGAGCUUGAGUCAUCUACAGGGGUCGUUUUUCUUUCUCUUAAUGGGCGUUACUCUGGGAUUAAUCAUGUUCUUAUUGGAAGUGAUUACAUAUUACUUGAUAGGUUAUUCGAAGUAA